CAUGUCAGGGCAAUGGCGUGUUGUCAGUCUGCCACUGGAAUUUCUAGAAGAAAUGAGAGGUCGCACGCAUACGUUUUUCCAUAUCAAUAGAUGAUCACUGCACUUAGGAGAUUGGAAUGAAUGAAUCGCGCACUUUUUGAAAUGGAUGUAUUCCAUCUACUGUAUUUUAUAUCUAACGUUAGCUUGCUACGCAGCACUGACUGCUGAAACUGCAACGUAAACAAUUCGUUGCUGGAUGCGGUUCCCUGCUGGCCGAGUCUCUGCAGCGUUGAGGUUGGUGCGAUGUAACUAAUGGUCCAAGAUGAUUGAACCACAGGACUGCGGUGACGGCGAUGAACAUGAAGCUACACCACAAACAGUCCCUACUCUACCCAGUAUGCCAAGAGAGCGGGUGCCGUUGCAGAAGAGCAGCGUAUGCUCCCGCUCUUACUUCAUGGUGGUGAUGGUCUUUUUCCAUGUAUACAUCAUCAACGUCAUUGCACUACUUUUCUAUGUGCACUACAACAACACUCCUGGGGAUGUACUGGCCAGCCCCAGCAGGGAAGCAGUAAGUGGAGGCAGUGAUCAUCACAAACCUCACGAGUCCCAUCAGCAGCAAUCUGGCUCAGAAUCUGGCUUUCAGCGGGACAUUUAUCUUCCACGCCUUGAAGGCAUAAGGGUGGGCCAUGUCCAGAAGGUUUCACUGAUGCCAGGCAAAACACACGAGAUGCGGACCCUGAGCCUAAAGCCUCUUCUGUUUGAGAUCCCUGGGUUCCUGUCUGAAGAGGAGUGUCGUGUGGUGGUUCAGCUGGCGCAGCUGAAGGGUCUGAUGGAGAGCCAGGUGAUGGUGCCUGAGGGACAGGAGGAGCUGACGGAGCAACUCAACCUGAGUUCCGAGGAGAUCUUCAACCUCCUGGACCUCAACCAGGACGGACAGCUACAAUUGCAGGAGGCGUUGUAUUCCCUACAGAUAUUGACCCAUUCGCGGGUGUUGGAUGGUAUCUGGCUUACACCAGAGAAUCUGAGAGAGAUCUAUGUUGGGCUGAAGGCUGACCCUGAUGGUAACGGCCUGCUGAGCCUGGAGGAGUUUAGGCUUCUGGGUAGCGAUGCUUUCCAAAGGUUCCUGCAGCAGCGUGGGGUGAAGAGCAGCCAGCUGGUCAGGAACAGCAGACACACCUGGUUGUACCAGGGCCAGGGGUCGCACCAGGUUCUCCAAGACCUCAAGAAGAGGGUGACCCGCCUGACCCGGCUGCCCUCUGCUUUAGUGGACCUGAGUGAGCCCCUGCAGGUGGUGCGUUAUGGACAGGGGGGUCACUACCACGCCCACCAUGACAGUGGCCCUGUGUACCCUGAGACGGUGUGCACGCACACGCGCCUGGCCGCCAACGCCUCCACACCGUUCGAGACCUCCUGCAGGUACAUCACAGUGCUCUUCUACCUGAACUCUGUUGAGGAGGGCGGGGAGACCGCGUUCCCUGUGGCAGACAACAGGACCUAUGAGGAAGUGUCUUUGAUUCAGAACAAUGUGGAUCUUAUGGACACAAGGAAGAAUUGCGAUAAGAGCAACCUAAGGGUGAAGCCUGUUAAAGGGACAGCUGUAUUCUGGUAUAACUACCUCUCUGACGGACAAGGCUGGGUGGGUGAACAGGACGAGUACUCCCUGCACGGGGGCUGUGUGGUCACCCGCGGCACUAAGUGGGUGGCCAAUAACUGGAUCAACAUCGACCCUGACUACCAGCGCCAGGCUCGCUACCAGCAGCUGGUGUCCCUGCAGGAGGGGGAGGGGGCGGAGGACGGGGAUGAGCCGGAUGAGGAUGGGCCUCCAUCCCAGGUCACCGACGCCCAUCAGGAACUGUAGCUGUCCUCAGAAACCCCAAAAGAAUGACCUCUCCUUGGGUCCGCUGAUUACACAAAUUCCAGCGUCCAACGCUGGUCCAUUGGCAAAGUCUCCAGGAGUAGUGGGUGGCCUGGACGUUCUGUAGUUAGUGGCCCCAGGCCUCACUCACCCCUCUGUUACCCUACUGCCCCUCCCCACCCUAAGCCCAACCAAACGUCUGUCCUGCUGUGCAACAACCUCCCAUGGCAACCCAUAAUGUGGUCAGUAGCCUACAUAGCGAUAUUUCAGGGACUGUGGUCACUUUGGAUUUAUGCAAUGAGAGGGAAAGAAAACGGAAAGUUCCGAUGUGUGUUCAUUGUUUUGUCGUUUUCCGCAGCUGAAUUAAUUUCAUAAUUCCAAACCUUGUUUACAGUAUAUUUAUGUAUGCACAAUUUUACCUCCCUUUGCAUCGUAGAACACUUCCACUAGCCGUAUCUUAAUUUGAGCCAGUGUCACACAGCCGGAAAAGAAUAUCCCACAGCAACAGGAAAUAUGAUUUAUUAUUUGUAUCGUAAUGAUUUCUGAGGGGUUAACACACUAUUUGUUAGGGCACAAGUGGAAAUUCUAACGUUUAGAAGCCUUUUUAAACAUUCAAUACACAAAAAGGUUUUGUAUUUCUUGCUGUAGGGGAAAAUGGACGCAACAACGGGAUGAUCCAAUUAAGCUAUGGGGUAUGUAUGGUCCAUUGAUUUGUGAGUGAGUCUGUCACUCCUAAAACACUUUGUGGAGAGGUAUCGAUCAUGCUUCUAUUUGCACGUAUGCAUACCUUCCAAUUAGCUGUUACGUUAUGGCUGUGUACAGGUUUUUCCCAAUGUAAUGUUGAAGAUAGCCAUAGGCUCUCUAGACUAGAGAGACAAUGUUAGAUGCUGUGUUUGCUCUUCAGUAUUUUAGCGUGACAAUAUCAUCACCCAAAGACCCCCAUACUCUGUGAUGAUGCAUGUUAACUGCUAUUGAAACGUUACACGGCUUGUUGUUUUUUUAUUUUAUAUUUAUCAAUUUUUUUAUGUAUAAACAAAAUGUUUAAUAUUGUCUCAAUUACAUCCAACACCUCUCAAUUUACUAUACCUAUUGGAGUGAUUUUGAAGUGUUAUUUAUUUAUUCCAUGUUUUGUUUCACAUUGUUGUUUACAUUGUUUGAUGUUUGUUUCAAAAUGCACUGAAUCACUUUCCUCCGCUCCUAAUAAAGAAUACUUUAGAUUU